UUUGGCUGCAGCGGACUCUCCCUCAGCAGACCAAUUAAGGAAGUUAUUGGUGAAACAAAUAAGUAAUCACAAUGAUUUCCUUGAAAUUUCUAUUGGCUUCUUUGGCUGUGGUUAGUAUUUGGUCUACUCUGCCUACGGCCACCCAGUGUGAUACUUCUUAUUAUGAGAAAUAUUACUCGGCACGCAGAUUCUUGCCCUUGAAGAAAAGCUCACUGGUGCAGGUCAACUUUACUUUGAGUUUGCAAAAUGAAAAACUGGAGGAAUUUGAGAAAAUCGCCUUGGUAGGCGAUGCCCAAACUCUAGGGUACUGGAAGGCAAAUGGUGCUGUUAUCAUGAAUAAAACAGAAGAAUAUGGCAAAUGGCAAGCUUCCCUUUGGUUAAAUGCCAAUUCAUCCAUAAACUAUCGUUAUUUUAUAGCAGCCCAGGACUCUCGUUCCGGCUCCAUACAAGUGAGACGCUGGGAAUCUGCAAUACAAAGUCGCCAUCUAAAUAUAUCUUCUGUUCCAGUUAGUCGUUCGGAUCUGUUUGGUAUCACUGUGCCCGGUGGCAGCAAGGAAAUACAACGUGGUUGGCUCAAUUCGGGUCAUAUAGUUCAAUUUAAAUUGUUCCGCCAUCCUCUGCAAUUGAAUGAUACUUCCGCAAGUGACCAACAGCGUUUGCGCAUUAAACUGACACCCGUAGAUCCUCAAUGGCGUACGACUAUAGUUCCCUCGGCCCGUGCCUACAGUGAAUAUGUUCGCAUGGAAUAUGGCAAUAGUUUCCUAAGAUCACAACCAGCUCAUGGUGUUCUCUAUCACAACAAGGACAUUAUUAUGUUCCAUACCACAGUAAGUGAUCUGCAAGAUGUGGCCUAUCUCAUUGAAAUCUAUGUGGAAGAUACUCAAACCGAAGUGGCCAGAGUGAUUGGCUAUCAAUAUAUCUAUCCCCAGUCUAUAAGUGAUACUGAUGGUGAAAUUUCCGUUAAACUGCUCUCGCCCAGCUGGAUGAAUACCAUUGGUGUUUUGAAACUUAAAUAUGUGGUUGUCCAUCCUUUGGCCAAUUCUGCAGUGGACUUCCGUACCUCCUUUGCCGAUUACUGGCGUGACAAUUGGUCUAGGCUUGAAGCUGGCCACCGAGGUUUGGGCAAGUCGCUCAAGGAAACUACUAAUGCUGCUCCUAUAUUGGAAAAUACCGUGGCCUCUAUGAUAGCGGCUGGUGAAUUGGGCACCGAUAUAGUGGAAUUUGAUGUGCAGUUGACUAAAGAUUUGGUGCCUAUUAUCUAUCACGACUUUGCCAUACUGGUGUGCAUGGAAUCAAAGACCCCUACCAGCAAAGAUGACCUAACCGAAGUAAUGAUUAAGGAUAUAACCUAUGAACAGCUUAAAGAUUUAACCACUUAUCAAGUGGUGGGUUCUAAAAUUAUCGAAUAUCCCUCUCACAACUCUUUGCUAAAUGAGACUCAUCGCAUUUUCCCCACUUUCGAAGAUUUUCUCACCAAAGUCAACAAGUCUGUGGGCUUUGAUAUCGAAAUUAAAUGGCCUCAACUUAAAAGCUCCGGUGCUUGGGAGAGCAUACAAACCAUUGAUAAAAAUCUCUAUAUGGAUCGCAUCUUGGAUGUUAUGCUAAAGCAUGGCUGUGGUCGUCUUUCCUUCUUCACCAGUUUCGAUGCUGAUAUUUGCUCUAUGAUACGUUUCAAACAGAACAUGUAUCCCGUCAUGUUCCUCUCCUCCAGCAAGGAAGCCAACUUUGUUGAUCCUCGUUCAGAUACCAUAUACGAUUCAGUGAAUAAUGCCCAGGCCUUUGAUUUGGCCGGUAUUGCACCCAACGCUGUAUUUAUCAAGAAAAAUCCCGAAUGGAUUGAUGUGGCCUUGAAACAGAACAAAAAAGUCUUCUUAUGGGGUGGUGAUCUUAAGGAUCGUGAAUCGAUCGACUGGUUUAUUGCUCAAAAUCCCACCGGUGUUAUUUACGAUCGCAUGGAUUUGUAUUUAACAGCGAAUAGAACGAGUGCUUUCGAUGUGGAAAAUGAUUUGCCCGAUUUCUUUAAUUUGCAAUGUUCGCCGGUAGGACAAGGUUCGGCAGAAAAUGCCACAAUCACUAAUAUCUUAAGUAAUGUCAAUAUGUUGUAAUUGUUAAAGGAAAAAAGUGUAGAAAUUAAUAUAAGUAAUAUCAACUUUUAAUAUUAAACCUUCGCAUAAGAUUAUUAUUUGUUGGAAACGAUUUUUUUUAAUAAAAUUUAGAAAAAU